GGCUGUAGCUGCCUGCCAGCCCGGUCUUUCCCGGCUGCCGGCAGCAAUGAGCUUCCUCAAAAGUUUCCCGCCUCCGGGGUCGCCGGAGGGACUCCGGCAGCAGCAGCCGGACACCGAAGCGGUGCUGAAUGGGAAGGGCCUCGGCACCGGCACCCUUUACAUCGCUGAAAGCCGCCUGUCUUGGUUAGAUGGUUCUGGAUUAGGAUUCUCACUGGAAUAUCCCACAAUUAGUUUGCAUGCUGUGUCCAGAGACCUAAAUGCCUAUCCACGAGAGCAUUUGUAUGUUAUGGUAAAUGCCAAAUUUGGAGAAGAAUCAAAAGAAUCUGUUGCAGAUGAAGAAGAGGAAGACAGUGAUGAUGAUGAUGACAUUGAACCUAUUGCUGAAUUUAGAUUUGUGCCUAGUGAUAAGUCAGCAUUGGAGGCACUGUUUACUGCAAUGUGUGAAUGCCAAGCUUUGCAUCCAGAUCCUGAGGAUGAAGAUUCAGAUGAUUAUGAUGGAGAAGAAUAUGACGUGGAAGCACAUGAACAAGGGCAGGGGGACAUCCCUACAUUUUACACCUAUGAAGAAGGAUUGUCCCAUUUAACAGCAGAAGGCCAAGCCACAUUGGAGAGAUUAGAAGGAAUGCUUUCUCAGUCUGUAAGUAGCCAGUAUAACAUGGCUGGAGUCCGGACAGAAGAUUCAUUAAGAGAUUUUGAAGAUGGAAUGGAGGUAGAUACUGCACCAACAGUUGCUGGACAGUUUGAAGAUGCAGAUGUUGACCACUGAAAAUGACUUAAUGCUGCUUUGAGAUUCUGCUCAUAACUGUAGGAGAGAACUUGGUGCCUCUUCUUCUGUGCAGUGGGUAUUGAUGAAAGGCUCUUUUUUCCCUUCUCCAAAACUCACCUGAACCAGUUCUUUCCUGAGACAGACUAUAUAUUGAGACAACAUGUUGUCACCAGCAGAAGAAAUUAUGACCUUUAUUAACAAAGGUGAAUUAACUUAACCAAGAGGGUAUUUGUAGUUUAUUAUUCCCUAAAACUUUCUAUGUCUAGGUAACCUCUCAAUAGCCCUGUAAUUCCUGCUUUUAUUGUAUGCAUCUUCUGUAACCUAGCGGGCCUAUAUGGUGAAAUGUGUAAUAGUAUGGGAGUAUAGAUAGAUUGGAUGGAAAAGAGGCUGAAUCUAAAUUAUACCUACUUAGGGCCUAAGGAUACCUUUACCUCUUAAAAAAGAAAGAUGAAGAGCUUUCAAGAGAAAUCUUAGCCUCUGCUCAUUAUCCACAGGGUUAAGGGUCUUUUUUUCUAGUUUGGGAUACAGAUUAAUUAUUUCAGGUAUCUCUAGAAAUAUCCCAGCCAGACUUACUACCACUAACACAAGUGCUUUUGCUGCUUUCACCACGUUUCUUCAGUCUAACAUCAGGUUAUAUCCUAUAAUUCCCAACCUCUUAGGCCAGUUUCUUUAACAGAACAAUGAAAUUGGGAUGAAAUCCUCCAAGGACUUCAGAUAAUUGUUUUGGCUUUGUAAUAGCUUAACAAAUAAAUCUAGGUUUUCUGUAUUAGUGUGUUUUCAUUCUUGACUAAAACCAUUAAUGAAAAAAAUGUUUUUAAUGCUGGCAAAAAAUGAGAAUCUUAAUUUUGUUGAGAACAUGAACAUGAAAUGAAUAAAAUGUGUAGUCAGAACUUUUCAGGGCUUAACACAUUCUAAGGACUUCAGCUUCCAUUUAGAGCAAGAGUAAUUCCUUAAAAUAUACUUAUCAACUCUCAGUUUUCCAUUUUUAUACAUACUGGAGCAUUUAUGGGCUGAAUUGUAGCUAUAGAUUUGUACUUGGACUUUGGAUAACAUUAUAUGACCUUAAAAGUAAAGUUAGGAAAGCUGUUCAGAAUCUCUUGACUAUUAGCAGUUAAGGUUUAGUUUAUCACUACUGAGUUAUAUUUCAACAUUCCCACUUGUUUUCUUAUCAUGUGCAGUAUACCAAAAAUAAUUUAUUUUUCUAUUUCUGAACAGACUGAAAUACUGAAAGGGUCAGUUGGAAAUGGGAACUGAAAUUUACCAAGACCACCUCUGUACCAGUUACUGUCCUGGGUUCUUUUACAUGCUUUAUGCAUAUACUAUUAUUAACUAUCUUGGGAGUAUAAGUACUGUUACUAGUCUUCUUUAGAAUGAGGAAACUGAGUUAGAGAGCUAAGAUAAUUAUAAGAGAUUAUAUAGGUAGUGAGCUAAUCAAGAUUUUUAAGCCUAUUCCCUAAAACACAUUGCUUUACUAUUGACCAGUACCUGAAAGCAAGCAAAUUCUCUCUUCACUGUUUCUUUCCUUAUUUUUUUUUUCCCCUAGAAGGGCACUUUUUUUUUUCUUAAAGAUUUUAUUUAUUCAUACAGAACUGGGAUACAAGCCAGAGGUGCGAGGACGGUGAGACAAUUCAUCCGACUCAGAGUCAGGGACAGAACAGGCAAAGUACACUGCUGAGGGGAGCAGUGGGUCAGACAGGAGAGGUCUGCUGUACCAUGUGA